GUUUCACUUUUGUGUCCUGACGCCUUGAGAACCGCUCUUGCUCGUGGCUCCCGUUGCUCCCGAGGUGAGCAGACAAGAAGCCCCUCACUCGCAUCCCGUCGAGUCCUCGCGUCGCUUGGUGGACCCAGAUACCUUGGCAGGGGUGAAAAAUCCGAGGACCAUGCCAUCGGCCUUUGAGAAAGUGGUCAAGAAUGUGAUCAAGGAGGUUAGCGGCAUCAAAGGAGAUCUCAUUCCAGUGGACAGCCUUCGGAACUCGACCAGCUUCAGGCCCUACUGCCUCCUGAGCAGGAAGCCCCCAAGUUCAUUGAUCUGGAAACCCCGUUAUACAUGUGUCGACCUGUCAAUCAAGGACAUCCUGGAGCCCAAUGCUCCAGAACCAGAACCAGAGUGUCUUGGCUCCUUCAAAGUCUCUGAUGUCGUCGAUGGGAACAUUCAGGGCAAAGUGACGUUGUCAGGCACAGGAGAAGGGAGAAUUUCUGGUGGGGCUACAGUGACUGACAGUUCCAGUGCCUCCAUGAAUGUGCGUAUACUGCGUGUGACUCAGGAGACCUGGGAGACCAUGCAACAUGAAAGGCACCUUCAGCAGCCUGAGAAAAAAAUCCUGCAACAGCUUCGGAGUCGUGGGGUUGACCUGUUUGUGGUGACUGAGGUGCUGCAGACAAAGGAGGAGGUGCAGAUCACUGAGACCCACAGCCAAGAGGGCUCAGGCCAGUUUACGCUGCUUGGAGCCGUAUGCUUGCAGGGUGAAGGCAAGGGCCACCAAAGCCGGAAGAAGAUGGUGACCAUUCCUGCAGGCAGCAUCCUGGCAUUCCGAGUGGCCCAACUGCUCAUUGGCUCUAAAUGGGAUAUCCUUCUCGUCUCCGAUGAGAAAAAGAGGACCUUUGAGCCCUCCUCAGGUGACAGAAAAGCAGUGGGCCAGAGGCACCAUGUCCUCAAUGUGCUUGCCACAAUGCGGCGUUACACCAGUGAGCAGUUCAGACUCCUGUCAGAUGGGAUCGAUGAGGAGGAAGUAGUUGAGGCAGACUUCCAGGGCCUGUAUGUAGAGGUGAAGUCUUGCGCCUCAGAACUGGAGAGCUUGGACAUGGAGUUGAGACAACAGCUACUGGAGAACAUCGGAAGUAUUUUACAGGACCAGCCCAGCAUGGAAGCCUUAACGGACUCACUAGAGCAGGGCCUGUGCAGUGGCGGCCAGGUGCAGCCUCUGGAUGGCCCAGCCGGCUGCAUCCUUGAGUGUCUGGUGCUUGACUCUGGAGAAUUGGUGCCGGAACUCGCGGCCCCUGUCGUCUACCUGCUGGAAGCAAUGUCUGUGCUGAGUGAAACCCAGAAGCUGCUGCUAGCUAAGGCUCUGGAGACAACGGUGCUGUCAAAGCAGCUGGAGUUGGUGAAGCACGUCUUGGAACAGAGCACCCCGUGGCAGGAGCAGUGUUCUGUGUCCCUGCCCUCGGUGCUCCUUGGGGACUGCUGGGAUGAGGAGGAUCCCAACUGGGUCUUGCUAGAAGAAUGUGGCCUAAGGCUGCAGGUGGAAGCCCCCCAGGUGCACUGGGAACCAACCUCGCUGACCCGCACAAGUGCCCUCUAUGCCUCCCUGUUCCUAUUGUCAAGUCUAGGCCAAAAUCCUUGUUAGCCUGUGGGCCUCCCUUCCCAUGACAUCCCCAGCCAGGGCAGAAUCUUGCCAAGCCCAGCCUCUAGGGAAGCCAAGAACCCAACUCAAUCACAGGGAUAUAAUGCAAUGAGACCCAGACGUUGGGAAAACUCAAUAAAUGUACAAAGAAAAGCAU